GCCCUCUGUCGGCAGCUUCGGUCACUACAACAGCAGCACGGACGAGACAUCAUUCAAAUCAGAUCAGACCUGAACAGAACCGAACCGACACAGAUCAGAAAUCAUGUCUGACGACGAGAAGCUGCCGUCCGGCUGGGAGAAGCGCAUGAGCAGGAGUUCAGGUCGGGUGUAUUACUUUAAUCACAUCACUAAUGCCAGUCAAUGGGAAAGGCCGAGUGCAUCGGGUUCUGACGGAGUCGGUGAGGUGGAGAAAGUUCGCUGUUCCCAUCUGCUGGUCAAACACAAUCAAUCACGCCGACCGUCCUCCUGGAGAGAGGAGAACAUCACGAGGAGUAAAGAGGAGGCGCUGCAGCUCAUUCACAAGUACAUUGAACAGAUCAAAUCUGGUCAAGAGGACUUUGAGAGUUUGGCAUCUCAGUUCAGUGACUGCAGCUCAGCGCGUAACGGAGGAGAUCUGGGUGUGUUCGGCCGAGGUCAGAUGCAGAAGCCGUUUGAAGAAGCCUCAUUUGCACUGAAGGUUGGAGAUAUGAGCGGUCCUGUCUUCACUGACUCUGGUGUUCACAUCAUCCUGAGGACGGGAUAAACACACAGAUAACAACACACGCGCACACAUACACACAAACACAAACACACACAAGAAAGAAAACCUCCUCGUGAUGUCACCUCUCUAAGACUCAAAGCUGCACGAUAAAUCCAUCCAGUGUUUGUGUAAUCUGUACAGUUUCUUUCAGAUGCUCUCUGAUCUUACUUACAGUGACUUUUAGUAUAAAUCUAGAAACCUGCAUCUGUACCCAAUAUACCUUCAUCUGACCAUCACACUCAUCUUAUGAGCAUAUGUCUGAGAAUAACCAAUAAAUCAUCAUAUCACUAAACAACCUG